AAAGAAGUAGUCCAGAAUUGAAUCGCCCCGACUUUUCAGAGAAGCUGAAUCUGGCUGUGUGUGGAAGUGACGACACAUUAAAGUCGUUCAUAUCAGAGCUGAUCCUGCAGCAGAAAGACAGAAGAUCAGACGUGGAUCUUCAUGGGCGUCUGAUCAGUCUGGUGGAGCUCCCGGCUCUCAUUCAUCUCUCAGAGGAGGAAGUGAUGCGUCACUGUGUGUCUCUGUGUCAUCCUGGAGUUCAUGUUUUACUCCUCAUAGUUCCUGAAGCUCCACUCAAUAAUGAAGACAAAGCAGAAAUGGAGAAGAUCCAGAGGAUAUUCGGCUCCGGAGUCAACAAACACAUCAUGAUCCUCAUAACUUCAGCAGAGCUCAGUGAAGGAACUCAGUCUGUCAUCGAGAGUUUUGGAGGACGACAACAAUGUUUUGGUCCCACCACACAAGUGUCCACGUUGAUGGAGAACAUUAAGCAGAUGGUGGAAGAAAACGGAGGAGAGUUUUUCUCCACAGAAACAUUUCUGGAGGCGCAGAUGAAGAAACUGCUGCAAUUUGAAGAGAUGAAGAAGAAACUCGACUCACUAGAGACAAAUUUACUGUCACAAGGUUCAACAGAGAGUAAAGAUGAAUUAAGGAUUGUGCUGCUGGGAAAAACUGGAGUUGGGAAGAGUGCAACUGGAAACACAAUCUUAGGAAGAAAAGCGUUUACAGCAGAAACAUCUCAUGAAUCAGUGACUAAAGAGAAUCAGAGAGAAACAUCUGAAAUCAACGGCCGACGCGUUUCUGUGAUCGACACUCCAGGACUGUUUGAUACUGAACUCACUAAUGAGGAGAUCCAGAGAGAAAUCAGUAACUGCAUUCCCAUGAUCCUGCCGGGACCGCAUGUGUUCAUCAUUGUGCUCAAUUUAGGACAACGAUUCACUCGAGAAGAAGCAACAUCAGUGAAGAUCAUCCAAGAGACGUUUGGAGAGAAAUCUUUAAUGUUCACCAUGGUGCUCUUCACCAGAGGAGAUUUCCUGAAGGAUAAAACCAUUGACCAGUUUCUGGGAAGACCUGGAUCUGCUCUGAUGAACCUGAUUGAAGAGUGUGGAAACAGAUAUCAUGUGUUCAACAAUAAUCAGACUGGAGACCGAACACAGGUUUCUGAUCUACUGGAGAAGAUAGACCACAUGGUGAAAGCAAACGGAGGGAGUUUCUACUCGUGUAAGAUGUUCAGAGAGAUGGAGAGAGAACAACAAGAACGACAGAUGAAGAUCCUGAUGGACAGAGAAGAACUGAUGAAGAAACUAGAAGAAGAAAUGAAAAGAGAACGAGAGAUGUUUAAAAAUAAAAUAGAGCAAAUGACGAAAGAAAAAGAAAAACUGAUGAUGAAAUACGAGACAGAAAUAGACAGACUGAUGAACAGAAACGAGAAUGAGAGGAAGAAAAGAGAAGAGGAAUGUAUAAAACGAGAAGAACGAUAUAAAACAUUAAUGAAAGAGAAAGAAGAUCUUAAGCAUGAAGCAGAAGAAAACAAGAUGAAGAUCCUGAUGGAGAGAAUGGAGCAAAUGAACAGAGAAAGAGAAGAACUGAUGAAACAGAAAGAGAGAGAAGACCGAUAUAAAAGAGAAACGAAGGAACAGGAGGUGCAGAUGAGAGAUGAAAUGAAGAAAAUAAAAGAGAUGUGUAAAGAUGAAUUAAAUGAAAUGAGGCAAGACAAAGAGACUGUGAAAAAAGAAAAAGACAGUCUUCAGAUCAAAUACCACACAGACAUAGACAGACUGAUGAACACAAUCGAGAAUGAAAGACAAAAUCAUGAGAAAGACAGAAAGAGAAGAGAAGAAGAAUUCAAUGAGAGAGAAGAACGAUUUAAAAGAGAAAUGAACGAGAGAGAGGAGCUCGAGAGAAAGAUGCGGGACGAGAUGAGACGAGAAAUGGAGGAAAUGAAGCAAGAAAAAGAAAAACUUCAGAUCACAUACAAGACAGAAAUAGACAGUCUGAUGGACAGAAUACAGAAUGAACGACAGAAUCAUGAAAAAGAGAGAAAGAGAAGAGAUGAUGAAUAUACAGAAAGAGAAGAACAAUAUAAAACACGGAUGAGAAGAGAACAAGAGGAUUGGGACCGGCAGAAACUGGAGGAAAAGACGAGAAGAGAAGAAAGUGAGAAAAGGAGAGAGAGAGAAAGAGUCAUUUGUGAUGAACAGAUUCAGAAACUGAAGACUGAAAUGGAGGGAAUAAUCAGAGAGAAAGAGAUGACGAUGGAGAAAGAACGACAGAAUUAUGAAAGUGAGAGAGAGAAAAGAGAAGAAAGUGAGAAAAGAAGAGAGAGCGAUAAACAGAUUCGUGAUGAACAGAUUCAGAAACUGAAGACUGAAAUGGAGGGAAUAAUCAGAGAGAAAGAGACAAUGGAGAUGACGAUGGAGAAAGAACGACAGAAUUAUGAAAGUGAGAGAGAGAAAAGAGAAGAAAGUGAGAAAAGGAGAGAGAGAGAAAGAGUCAUUUGUGAUGAACAGAUUCAGGGACUGAAGACUGAAAUGGAGGGAAUAAUCAGAGAGAAAGAGAGAAUGGAAAGAGAGAGACAGGGACAACUAGAUGAUGUAGAGAAGAGACGGAAAGAAAUAAAAAUAAGAGAAGAUCAACAACAGAUCUUUAAAGAAAAACUGGAGAGAAGUGGAAGACAAACAAUCAAGGAUGUGUUUUACACACCUUAUCUUCACAAUAAACUAAGAGCUGCAGAUGUUCUUCAGAUAACUGAGUAUUCAUUACAGUCACGUGAGUCUUGUGCUGAAGAGGAGCUGAUUCAGACUUUCAUACAAAAACUACUGAUGAUGGACUACAGAGCCAGAUAUAUUAAAACUACAGAUGCACAACAAAAAGACAAUGACUCAUCUGAAGAUGAUGGUGAUAUAUUUACAGUAAUGUCUUUGUCUAACGAAUGGACAAGUCAGUCUGAUCAAAUCCACCCGAUGGAUGUUCAGAUGGCCGUGUUUCAUUAUGCUGAUGGUUUCCUGAAGCAGUUGCUGGUCACUAAACUGUCCCAGUGUCAGUAUGCUCUGCCUCUGCUCGUUCCUAAUCCAUUCACUCAACAGAUUGAGUUUCCUCUCUGGACAUUCAGACAAAUCAACAAGAGCUGGAAGAUGAUAAACACCAACAAUGAAAUCAUCAGUCAAACCCAGCCGGUCUGCAAGGCAGAAACUCCGAUGGUGUCUUUCUUCAGGUUUGGAUCUGUGUCUUCAUCCAAGUCUGAGUUGAUGAACAGUCUGAUCAAUGAGAGACACAACACGUUCUUCCACAGGAACUGUCCAGGCAGCAGCAGCACCAGAGUCCUGAUGGAUGGAGUGGUGGAGAUCGCCUGGUUCUGCCCGUCUGGAUCAUAUGAUGAUAAAUUCACGGACUGUGUUGCGUUCUGUAAUCUACACGGGGAUGCAGGAGAUCAUGAGAAACAGCUGCAGAUCCUCACUGAACUGGCCUCAGUCAAUGUUGUUCUUCUACCACGACUGGACAAGAGUCACAGACAUGCAGCAAUGAUCCAGAACUUGUACAAAGACUCAAAGCCUCUCAUUUGUCUUUUUACUGAGGAUGAAUCUACUUUAAUUGAGAUAAAGAAAGGGAAAUAUAAGAUUGAUCUGAAAAACAGAAAUCGGUCAGAUGUUUCUGAAGAACUCAGAAGAGCUAUAAAUGAUUGUCUCUCAGAAUCAUCUUCCACGUUCAGACUUGAAGAUUUGUCCAAACACUCAGACAUCAGAGUAGAUGAGGAAGAUGAUGAAGACUGCAGGAGAGGGAGAGAAGCGGCACAGCAGAUGAUAGAUUUACUGGAGAAGAAAGAUCUGACAGAAGUCAAAGACUCAUUUCUGCCUCAUCAGGGGAAACUGUGGCGUCAGUGGUGUCAGAAGAACAAAGAACUACAUCGACCUGAAGGAAAUGAACUGGAAAUGGACAUCAGUAGAAAACAAACCGAAAUGAAGAAAAUCCGUCAAAUGCAGCAUGAAACUGACGUCAGUGUGUUUAUGACAUACUUUAUUAAAGAAAUAAACUCACAUAGUGAACAUGAAAAGAUGUUUUUCCUUAAAUGGCUAAUAAUCCUCCUGGAUGAAUCUACAUCAGCAGGUCUUGCUGCUUUACAUCAUAAGUAUGAUGAAAAAUGGUCAACAGUCUUAAAACUGAAAGACUAUCAUGAUAAAUCUCAAAAACUGACAGCUGAACAAACUGACCUUGAGAGAAUAUCUGAGGAACUUCAGACUGUAUCCUUUGGUUUGGAGCACAUCAUGAGGGAGAUCGGUCAGAUCUAUGAAUCAUGUUCAUCUGUGAAGAAGCACAAGAAAGACCUUCAGUUUGACUUCUCUUCUCUCCCGAGUCUGGCAGCAGAGAUGAUGAUCUCUGGGUUUCCACUGGAGUUGAUGGAUGGAGAUGCUGCUCAUGUUCCUGUGAUCUGGAUCUCUGCUGUUCUAGAUCAACUCAUCCAGAAACUGGGAGACCAGAGAGUCUUUGUGCUGUCAGUUUUAGGGAUUCAGAGCUCUGGGAAAUCCACCAUGCUGAACGCCAUGUUUGGACUCCAGUUUCCCGUCAGUGCUGGCAGAACAACCAGAGGAGCUUUCAUGCAGCUGGUCAGAGUCUCAGACGAGAUGAAGACACAGAUGAACUUGGACUAUAUUCUGGUUGUUGAUACUGAGGGUCUUCGUGCUCUAGAACUGGCUGGAAGAUCAACAACACAUCAUGACAAUGAAUUGGCCACAUUUGUUGUUGGUCUUGGAAAUAUGACACUAAUCAACAUCUUUGGAGAAAACCCAUCUGAGAUGCAGGACAUUCUUCAGAUUGUCAUUCAGGCCUUCAUGAGGAUGACGAAGGUCAGACUGAAUCCCCGCUGUGUGUUUGUACAUCAGAACGUUUCAGACGUCUCAGCUGGAGAGAAAAACAUGGAGGGAAGGAGACGACUGCUGGAGAAACUGGAUGAGACGACAAAACUCGCUGCUGAAGAGGAAGUCUGUAAUGCAGAAUGUUUCAGUGAUGUCAUUAGAUUUGAUGUCCAGAAUGAUGUGAAGUAUUUCGCUCAGCUCUGGGAGGGAAGCCCACCAAUGGCACCACCAAACCCAAAGUACUGCGACAAUAUUCAAGAACUAAAGAAAACUAUUAUGUGUCAUGCCUCAAAAUCACAUAAAAUGAUGUUGAUAGACCUAAAAGAUCGUGUUAAAGAUCUCUGGGAGGCUUUACUGAAGGAACGAUUCGUCUUCAGCUUCAGAACUGCUCUGGAGAUUUCAGUUUACAGGAAACUGGAGACCGAAUACAGCAAGUGGUCCUCGAGUCUUCACAGUGCCAUGAUGGAAACUGAGAACAAACUACACAACCAAAUAGAAAAUGAAGCAAUCCAUGAGGUUGAGGAAACUGAUCUUCAAAGAGAACUGAAGAAGACAAGUGAAGAAGUGGAAAAAUCAAUGUCUGAAUUCUUUGAGAAAGACAGAGAUAAAGAUAUACUGAUUCAGUGGAAAACAUCAUUUGAAAUCAAAACUAAAGAGCUUCAGGAAAAGAUUGUGAGAGAAACAAGGAAGAGAUUAAAUGAUAUUCUUAAUCAGCGAGACCUGAAGAAAAAGAUUGAUGAUCUGAGGACACAACAUGAAAACACUCUCUAUGAAAAGACCAAGGAACUUGCCUUAAAACUCAAAAACAAAGCAAAUGAUGAAGAAACACUGAAGAAAGAGUUUGAUUUGUUUUGGGAUCAGAGUGUUAAUAAGAUCCCCAGAGACACUCAGGCAAUCAGAGACAUUGAUAUAUUUAGAGAUGUGAAAUUACUCCUUGGUGACAAUUUUAAAAUCGUUCCUGUAGACCACUGGAAAGAUGGUAGUGAGUACAACGACAUUUUCACUGUGGAAAGUUAUUCUGAAUAUGUUGUUUUCAACAAUCCAAACAACCCAGUUAAAAGGUUGAUAACGAGUAUUAACAGAAAUGUGAAGAAACUUGGAUUUCCUCGACCUCAAGAUGAUGAAGCCAAGAUAAGAUCAUUUGUCACAGAUGUUGCUCAGCAGACAGAAAGAAUUAUUCAGUGUUUUAACAUUUCAAAGAUGGGCUACAACAAGAGCUACAUUCAACAGGUCAUAGAUUACAUCAAGGAGAGGAUAACAGAACAAGAAAAAACAUUGACAUAUAAGUUCAAAAAUGAAUUUUUUGUUGAUUUGAUUAUUUCUAUCUGUAUGAGAGCAAAGACGAUCACUGACCAACACAGACUGUUCAGAGAAGCCAAUGAUCCUGUAAUAUAUGUUAACAAAAAAAGAGAAGAGUACUACAGUAUUUUCCAGAAAUACUGUCAUGGAGUCGCAUCAGCUGCCAUUUUUGGAGAGAUCAUCUGUCAGAAACUUAAAGAGCCCAUUGAGCAGAGUCUCUACAAGAGGACUGCCAGAGAUCUGACACAUGAAAUGAGAUCAAAGUGUGAAUCACUGAAUGGAAACAGAUCAAAACUAGAGAAACACAUCCUGAAGACACUGGCUGAAGAAGAGGAUUUCAACAAAUACAUGAACUACAUUCAUAAACCCAGAGAUCACUUCAAGAGUUUCAUCAGAGAUGAAGUCAGUCGGUACAUUUCUAACAUGUUUGAUGACAGCAUUAUACACAAGAUGAAGAAGAACAUUGAACUCCUGAAGCAGAAGAUCAUGAAAGCAGCUCAUGAAUCUACUGAACAUGUUCAAGUCUACAGAGGAGAUGUGGGUUUGUGGUUGAAGAGUUUCUCACAGAAGCUCUCAGAUGAGCUGAUCUUCUCUGAAAAAGACCUCAGUGAAGUGAAACAUGAUGAUGUUGAUGAUUUCAACUUCCUAGAAGAUGUGAUAAGACAUGAGCUAACUGCGAUAAUGACUGACAUCUGCAGUAGAUUCAACAUAAUGACAUUUCCAGUAAAGCUGGACUAUAAGGACAGACCAGAUGAGCUUCUGAUUGGUCACUUCUGCCAGUGCUGUUGGGUUCAGUGUCCGUUCUGUAAAGCCGUCUGCACCAACACCAUUGAAAACCAUGAUGGAGAUCACAGUGUCCCUUUCCACAGAGUGUGGGGAAUCAAUGGAGCAUAUUACAGCUCAAUACCGAAUCUCUGUCCUGAUAUUUGCACAAAUUUAGUAGCAAGUCAUCAGGAUUUGUAUACACUACAUGGAGGGUUUAAAUACAGAGAUUACAGAAGAGCAGGAGGAGUGUAUGCAGACUGGAGCAUCACCUCUGACCUCUCUGAACUGCCCUACUGGAAGUGGUUUGUGUGUCGAUUCCAGAAAGAUCUGGAAAAACACUACAGUAAAACAUUUGAGAUACCAGAUGAAUGGAGAAGAUACUCUAAACAUGACGCUAUUGAGAGUUUAGAUAAAUACAUGUAAUGGAUUUCCAGAGAUCCAGGAGAUCCAGAUCACAGAUAUAAAUGAGUUUCUGUGACAUGAGAAUCUGAGCUCAUCUACACCUCACAAGAUCAUUGCUUCAUCAAAUACACCAGAGAUUCAAUUCCUCAUUCGUGAUCUGAACUUAUUUCUGAACAUAUGCCUAAAAGAUAAAGCUCAAACAUCUCGAUCAUGAACUGAAACAGAUCUGUGGUGAUUGGUGAUAGAUGGUUGAAGUAUACAUGUGUUUGUUAAAGCUCAGUGCUGAUGAGGAAAGUGUGAGAAAUAAACAGCAAAUUAAACCUCACGAAGCCGUCGAUCUGAUUUAUAUGAAAAUUACUCUGGAAAAAACUGCACUCAAUAAUGUCCACAUCUCUGAGGACACAUCGUGAAUUGACUGACA